AUCUACCGUCCGCCGAUAAACACAAAGGAGGAAGACGCGGGAGGAAACGAAGCAGCAGCAGCAGCAGAAGAAGAAGAAGAAGAAGAAGAAGACGGAGCGGUGCUAACAGUUAGCUUCGUCCGGUUCCGUCGAGGAAAGUUUCUGAGACGUCUUCCUUCAUCCCGUCCGUCUCUCCUCCCUGACUCCGCCCCCCUGUCCCCGCCACCGAGCGCCGCAGGUCCGUCGGGGCGUCCGCUCUCUUCCCGAGUCGCCAACAUGCCGGCAGCACUGACAGAUUCCAGCCAGAUCAUCUGUGAGGUCUGGGCGAGCAACGUGGAGGACGAGAUGAGGAAGAUCCGGCAGAUCAUCCAGAGCUACAACUUCAUCGCCAUGGACACGGAGUUCCCCGGCGUGGUGGUCCGGCCGAUAGGCGAGUUCCGCAGCACGGUGGACUAUCAGUACCAGCUGCUGCGCUGCAACGUGGACCUGCUGAAGAUCAUCCAACUGGGCCUCACCUUCAUGAACGAGGACGGGGACUAUCCCCCCGGCACCACCACCUGGCAGUUCAACUUCAAGUUCAACCUCACAGAAGACAUGUACUCGCAGGACUCCAUCGACCUGCUGCAGAACUCGGGCCUCCAGUUCAAGAAGCACGAGGAAGAAGGAAUCGACACGCUCUAUUUCGCCGAGCUGCUCAUGACGUCCGGUCUGGUUCUGUGUGAAAACGUCAAGUGGCUCUCGUUCCACAGCGGUUACGACUUUGGAUACCUGGUGAAGCUGUUGACGGACGCUCGGCUGCCGGAGGAGGAACACGACUUCUUCCAGAUCCUCAACUUGUUCUUCCCGGCGAUUUACGACGUCAAGUAUCUGAUGAAAAGCUGCAAAAACUUAAAGGGGGGGCUGCAGGAAGUGGCAGACCAGCUGGAGCUGAAGAGGAUCGGGCGACAGCACCAGGCGGGAUCGGACUCUCUACUCACUGGGAUGGCUUUCUUCAGGAUGAAAGAGCUUUUCUUCGAGGACAACAUCGACGACGCUAAGUAUUGUGGGAGGUUGUACGGACUCGGCUCGGGCUCCACGCAGCCGCAGAACGGGCUCUCGGGCUCGGGGCAGGAGGAGACCAACAACAAGCACUGACCCGUGAGACGACCCGCCUUUUAAAACCCAACCAGCAAAUUCUCCCCCCGACCUCCGCCCCCUGAACGAGACUUUUCCCUCCGAGUGAAUGAGACAUGGACUCGACAGCCACAGUGGAUCUUUUUCUUUUAGUCACUUUUACUGAGAAUAUUCCCAAAAUAUUGACUUUUAAAACAUCAUCAUCAUCAUCUUCCUCUUCAUCACGGGACCAUCAUCUGUGUCGCGCUCAGACUCCUCCCCCUCCUCGUUUUGUUUUGGUUCUUUUUAAGUCGGUGCUGGACGACGGGCCUGUAAAUUAAAAAUGUAUAAUUUUGAUGAGAAUAAAAAUGUUUUAGCUCUUUUUCCACGUUCAGAACCUUUUCAGAACGUUGCCGCGGCGUUUGGGUUCUGCUCGUUGUUCUGUUCUGUUGUUUUUACAUCCCACCUUGUUUUAAACACUUGUAUAUUAAAUUGUUUUGUAUUUUCAAUGUAA